AUGUAUGAUCAAAGUGGACUUGUAGAGGCAUAUGAAUCCAUUGAGUGGAUGUUUAUUGAGCAGAUGCUAAAGGAGAUUGGGUUCCCCAGUAUGAUGGUAACAUGGACUAUGGUGUGUAUUAGAACAGUCAGUUACACUCUCAUGCUUAAUGGUAAUCUAUCAGAAACUUUCCCAGCCAAAAGGGGGCUUAAACAGUGGGAUCUAAUGUCCCCUUAUUUCUUUGUUAUAGUUAUGGAAUAUCUAGUAAGAUGUAUGGGGACUUUACAAACAGAACCUGAUUUUAAUUAUCAUCCUAGGUGCAAGAAAUUGGGAAUUACUCACUUGUGUUUAGCUGAUGAUUUGAUAAUGUUUGCCGGGGGGAAUAAGCCAUUAGUGAGUUUGAUCAAGGAAAAGUUCCUCCAGUUCUCAGCUGCUUCCAGCCUGAAGACUAAUAUGUCCAAAAGCCAGGUCUAUUUUGGAGGAGUUACUAUGCAAAAACAACAGGGUAUAUUAGGUAUUCUGGGAUAUGAGCUGGGUGAACUCCGUUUUAAGUACCUAGGGAGAAUUCAGCUCAUUAAAGCAAUGUUGUUUGGGGUUCAAGCCUACUGGGCCCAAUUGUUCCUACUACCUAAGAAGGUGAUGAAGUUGAUAGAAGCUGUGUGUAGAAGUUAUCUUUGGACUGGAGAAGCUACAAUCUCCAAGAGAGCAUUGGUUGCAUGGGAUAAGGUGUGCUUACCUAGAGAAGCAAGUAGAUUGAAUCUCCUGGACCUGAAAAUUUGGAAUCAAGCUGCAAUUUGUAAGCUAUUACGGGCAUUGAGCCUAAGAAAGGAGAAAUUGUGGAUAACCUGGAUCCACACAUAUUACAUUAAAAGGCAGGAGAUCGGCAGCAUGAACACUCCUAGCCAAGCUUCCUGGAUGGUAAAGAAAAUCUUCAACAUGAGGAGAGUCCGGCAUACAAUGGAUGUAACGAAAAUAGUUCAAGGUAGUAAAUUCCUCAUUUCAAAGGUGUAUACUGCUAUUAGAGGUGAUGUUCAAAACGUGGAAUGGAAACAUCUAGUUUGCCAUAACUGCGCAUAA